CCCUAUUUUAAUGCUAGCUAAGAUGGUGGUUAGAGCGUAAACUGUCUCUACAAUACUAAGACAAGAAAGGGGCAAAACAUCUCUCAAGCCUUUUUAAUUGUAGUGGAAUAUUAAACCUAACGUAGGAUAAAGUGGCUAUUUAUAGAAAUUUGGAAAUUUCAGAGACAUUACCAGUCCCCGCCCAAUUUGGUGUGACGGUCCCUUGGAGUGGAAUCCCUACCCUAAAUACGAACAGGACUUGCAGCCAUCCCUGUAGCCACACCUCGCAGUGCCAUAGGAUGUCCCACAGCCCUGAGACGAAGGACGACCCCAUGGAGUGCCCCUUGUGCAUGGAGCCGCUGGAGAUCGACGACGUAAAUUUCUUCCCCUGCACCUGUGGCUACCAGAUCUGUCGCUUCUGCUGGCACCGCAUCCGCACAGACGAGAACGGCCUCUGCCCUGCCUGCAGAAAGCCGUACCCAGAAGAUCCCGCGGUUUACAAGCCCCUGUCACAGGAGGAGAUCCAGAGGAUAAAAAACGAGAAGAAACAGAAGCAGAACGAGAAGAAGCAGAAGGUCACGGAGAACCGCAAGCACUUGGCCAGUGUGAGGGUGGUCCAGCGGAAUCUGGUGUUUGUGGUGGGGCUCUCGCAAAGGCUUGCUGACCCAGAGGUUCUAAAACGACCAGAGUAUUUUGGGAAGUUUGGGAAAAUCCAUAAAGUGGUCAUCAAUAACAGCACAUCAUAUGCAGGUUCACAGGGCCCCAGUGCCAGUGCCUAUGUCACUUACAUCCGCUCUGAAGACGCCCUUCGAGCUAUACAAUGUGUAAACAAUGUUGUUGUAGAUGGUAGAACACUCAAGGCUUCUUUAGGCACAACAAAAUACUGCAGUUACUUCCUCAAAAGUAUGCAAUGUCCUAAACCCGACUGCAUGUAUCUACAUGAACUGGGGGAUGAGGCAGCUAGCUUUACAAAAGAGGAGAUGCAGGCUGGCAAACAUCAAGAAUAUGAGCAGAAAUUACUUCAAGACCUCUACAAAAUCAACCCCAGUUUUCUACAAACCCCAACAUGUGGAACAGAGAAGGCAAAGAGCAAAUCCAACUCUUCACAAAAACCCAACAAUGGCAACAAAGACAGUUGGCCUACACUGUUAGGCAUUGGAAAACUGGCCAAUGGGCUUUCAGAGGAUCGCAAGUCCCCUCCGCUGCUAGACUGCUGUUUGGAAGAGGUCAUGACCUCAGACAUGCUGGACUCAGAACUGGGGCCUUGCCAAGGGGCCACUAUGUCCCCCUUUUCCUCCAACUGUGACAGUAAUAGUCCCAGCGACAAACCUCCUGAAUCUAUGACAAUGGUGAAUGGAGAAACUUCACAAAAGAUGGUCAACAGCGACUCCCCCUCCCCUCCUCCUGGCCUGACCAAACCCGGUCUGGUGGUGCCCAUCAGUGUGUCUGACCUCAUGGCCCGUUCGCCAUUCGAGGGGGCCGCCGCCGAGUCCCAAUCCCUCUUCUCAGACAACAGCAAUUUCAGACACCCCAACCCUCUUCCCGCUAGCCUCCCCCCUUUCCCCAGCUCCCCCCGUGGGGGCUCCGACUGGCCCAUGACCCCCGAACCACAGAGCCUCUUCACGUCAGACACAAUACCAGUUUCCUCCUCCACAGACUGGCAGGCUGCCUUCGGCUUCGGCUCAUCUAGCAAGCAGCAGGACGAUGACCUGGGCUUCGACCCGUUCGACGUGACUCGCAAAGCCCUGGCUGAUUUGAUCGAGAAGGAACUGUCUGUGCAGGACCAGAGCCCUCUGUCCCCCGGGGCUUUCCACCACCCAGGACCCCACCACCAUGGACCCAGCCUGCUCCCCCCCAACACCUCCCACUUCCCCAGUGCACCCCAACGCCUCUCUCAGCUCCACCACAGAGCCAUCUACAGUUCCUUUAGCUUCCCUGGCAGCCAGAGCAGCCAACCAGUCUGCCAUCCCUGGAUGGGCUUGCCCCCCACGCGCAGUAACCUCACACACAUGAACCACUCGGCCAACGCAGUCUCACAAAGCAACUUCCUGGACAUGAAUGUGCAUCCUCACCACAGUACAGGCUUGGGAGGCAUCCCCAUUUCAGAAAACAGCAGCUCCAUAGAUGGCUUAAAUGUAAAAGAAUGGCAGGAUGGCUUGAGAGCACUCUUACCAAACAUCAACAUCAACUUUGGCGGUCUCCCCAACUCCUCCUCCUCUUCCUCCUCCUCAUCCUCCUCCAGCGUUAAUCACAUUGGCGGGCCAGCGGGUAUGUCCCACAGUCUCAGCUGGGACAGCACGGCAAGCUGGAUGGACCCUGCCAUAAUCACAGGCAUCCCAGCCACAGCUGGCAACAGUAUAGACUGUCUCCAGGACGACAACCCGCCUCACUGGCUCAAGUCUCUGCAGGCACUCACAGAAAUGGACGCCCCCCCCAGUUCCACUGUGCUUAGCAACCCCCCCCAGCAGCAGCAACAGCAGCAGCCUCCCCUCCACAGUAGCCUUCUGGACACCCACCACAGAGGCGGCUGGGCUCCCUACUUGCCCCCACCCACAGUCAACCCCGCCAGCCAGUUCCACUCCCCCCCACCAGGCUUCCAGACAGCCUUCAGACCCCCAGGCCAGCCUGCCACAGAGCUGCAGAGCGCCACCAUGGACCGCCACUAACGACAGAACAACAUCCUACGCCCACUUCUCAACCUCCUCCUAAACUCCUAAAUCAUCCUAAACCCACCCCUGUCCCAUCGACACAAUACACACCAAUCUCCAAAUUAUGAAAUCAUUAAGAAGAAUAACAACAAACGUACCCCCCCCCCCCUUCUUUAUUUUGUCUAUUCUGAAGGCCUACAUGUUUAUUUGUGGCACGAGUUAACAGUACCCUUUGUCCGCUACCAACAUCACUCCCGAUUACCCGACCGAGCUCCAGUUGUACUUUGGAAUCAGACAGACAGAAAGGCUGCUGUGAGCUGUGCCCGGGGUUCUCUGUGAUCUGAAAGACACCACAGUUGACGACGAAUGCAACGUUGAGUUGACAAGAUAACUUUAAAGGAACGAUUAAGCAUGAAACGAGUGUUGUAAGUAUGAAAGUCAUGAUGAUUGCUGUGAAGAAGAAAGCUAACAAGUCAAUCUGCUCAUAAAGCUUUGCCCAAAGACUCUCAGCUUUACCCCCCCAGUCCUCCUCCAGGCCAGAUGAAGUGAAAGUGGAAAGGUUGGCACCCUCUUAUCAGCACAUGGUAAUUGGUAAAAAAAAAAAAAUGGCGACAGGGAGGGAAAGACGGGACUCAGUAGGUGGUUCCAGGGACCAUCGCAAGACAAAUUUGUCGGGUGGGGGACUAGUCUGAGGGCAUAGGCCCUCUGUUAGGCAGGGACACACUGGCUCUUGAGAGCGCCAUAAAGCCCACAUUCCCUUUGGCGGAGAGGGGGCCCAUCCCGCGGAGGGAAGAUUUUGUUGAAACCUCUGUAUCAGAGGAUGAAGCACUGCCUAACUGGGGAGCCAGGGGUCACAACCCAGAGGCUAGCUGGAAGGCACAGGCACACAUUGGGGGCAGUAUUGUGAUACUCACAGUGCCACUAUGUGGCACCGCCAGUAGUUAGCCCCCCACCCACCACUACCAGGAGAGCCACUAGGAGACCACAGAGAAAUGACAUGGGGUGAAGGUAGAGACCAGCUCAGAUACGCUGGAGCUAAAGCCGCUGUGGGUAGCAAUGGGUGGAUGUUAUUGUUAAUUAAGUUCCCCCUUGUUCAUCCUCCUGAGGGCUUAAAUGAGGCCUUAUAUGAUUGAUGAGAAGGAGCUUGAAUGAUUGGAGUGGAAAUAAAGUGUCAGGAUUGCUGAAAAUAUGCAUCUGCACUAGAAAAAUCAAGGAAAAUGGGAUGUAAACUUAGAUUACACAAGGGACACAAAGGAAGGUGCUAUGACACAAACAGCAGUACUAGCAAUUCAAGGAGCUGGGUGCCUUUUGGAUCCAGACGAUGACUUGUCAUCCACCACAACGUUUCAAAGUCUUCAAACUGUUGUUUUGCUCCCUUCUUUAUCUCUUGCUAUUUUCUGCUGUCCCCUAAGAAACGGUAUUCACCAGAUAAAUUAACUCAUCCAGGAAAUCCAACAUUAAUUCACUGGGUUUUAACAUGAUGCUGAGAAAACAAAUUGAGGUUAAAGGAAUUGAAAUGUCCUCUGCAGGUCUGAAAAACGAACCUUAAAUAAAACUGAAAACUUAAGACA